CACGGGCUGUUUGGAAUUUUUGAUUAAUUUGGUAGAAAUGUCAGGUUUUACUUAUAAAGAGGUGAAUGGGGACUUAUUCAGCGUCAAGGCCGACUAUUCCAUGUGCCAUUGUGUAGCCGCCGACUUGCGUAUGGGCAAAGGGAUCGCCAUCAAGUUUCGUACCAAAUUUGGCCAGCUGCUGACUUUGCAGAGGCAGAAUGUCCAGCCUGGCGGUGUGGCCAUCCUAAAGGAUAAGGAGCGUUUCGUCUACAAUCUCGUUACCAAGCAAACGAGCUGGGGCAAGCCCACCUAUCAGCUUCUCCACAGCUCCUUGACCGCCAUGCGGCAGCAUAUGAUUGCCCACAAUGUCCACAAGCUGGCUAUGCCCCGCAUUGGGUGCGGCCUGGACGGACUCUCUUGGAAUAAAGUGAAAGAAAUGGUCUGCGAGAUUUUCCAAUCGGAUGCUAUUGAACUAGUUGUAUACAAUUAUGUACCAGGUGCAGCCAAACAGUAA